UUAGCAGAUUCACAAGUAAUAGGUACGAUCUGAUAUUGUUAGUUUUUUUCAUAAACAAAAAGACAAGCACAAAUAAUAGAAUGGAUGAGUCUACUUUGACGGAUCUGUUGCGCCUUUACUACUCAAGGCUUUUUCCUUACGUGGAUUACUAUCGCUGGCUGAGCUACGGUGAAGCCAACGUCUUCAGUCGCAGGGAGUUUUCGUUUACUAUGCGGGAUGAUAUGUACAUUCGGUACCAGUCGUUCGAUAAACUCGAUGAUCUCAAGGCCGAGGUAAAGAGGAUUUGUCCCCACAAGAUUGACAUUGGUGCAGUUUAUAAUGUGCCACCAAUAAAUAAAAAACGAGAGGUGAAGUUUGAACCUUUACAGAGGGAACUUGUCAUUGACAUCGACAUGACAGACUAUGAUGAUGUAAGGACUUGCUGCACUGGAGCUGAUGUCUGUAGCAAGUGCUGGAAGUACAUGGUGAUAGCUGUUAAAAUUCUCGACACUGCCUUUAGAGAGGACUUUGGGUUUGAACACAUAUUAUGGAUAUUUUCUGGAAGAAGAGGUAUACAUUGUUGGGUAUGUGACAAGAGAGCUCGCUUUUUAACACAAAACGGUAGAAAAGCUGUAGCAAACUAUUUGCAGCUAGUCACUGGUGGUGAAUUUACAAAGAAAAAAGUUAAAAUAAUCAAAAAGAUGCAUCAUUCUGUCAGGAGAGCAGUGCAUAUCAUAGAGCCAAUGUUUGUUCAGAUGUGCGUUAAAGAGCAAAAUAUGUUGGGUACAGAAGACAGAGUGACAAAAUUUUUAGGAAUAAUCACUGAAGAUGAUAUGCGUGCUGAAGCAAAAGCGGAACUAGACAAACAUACAACCAGCGUCAAAAAAUGGGAUGCUUUUGUGAGCUUUUUCAAAGACCAGCUUCAGUCUGGUUCAAAAAAAUGGCGCAGGACUCCUUUCUUAAUAGAAGAAAUAAUGAUUCAGUAUGCUUAUCCAAGAUUAGACAUAAACGUAACUAAAGGAAUGAAUCAUUUGCUCAAAUCGCCUUUCUGUGUUCAUCCCAAAACUGGCAAAGUUUGCAUUCCGAUAAAUCCGAAAGUAGUUGAGCAAUUUGAUUUAAAUAAUGUUCCUACAAUUACGAAAUUAAUCGAUGAAGUCAAUGCUUUUGAUGACAAGGAGAUUACUGAGCAAGGCGAAUCUGUUGACAAUGUUAAAAGGAUAAAAGAUUACAAGAAAACUUGCUUGAACAAACCUUUUUACGCAUUUCAAGAGUUCUUACGAGGUCUUGAGAAUUCUCAGAAAGGAGAGAAAAUUACAAAAAGCGAUAUGCAAAUGGAAUUUUAGAAAUCGU